AUGCUUGGUAUACUUAUUUUGCAGACAACUACUUUGAAUAGCUUAAAGAGAAAGGUCAAUCGACCUGCGCCAGCCGCUAGACCACCGGGUCCCCUUAAUGAAUUUAUAUCAUCGCAUCGUGGUCAGAUAGAUAACCGUGGCUUGUCCGCAAGGAGUGCUGGCAGUGCAAAAAAUUGCAGUAGCGAUUUUGGUGGGUCGCAGUCGUCGCCGAUACGAGGAAUUGGAUGUAAUGUGACUGAAAGCUAUAGUAAGGAUACCGAUCUUCUGGCACACGCAGCUUCUGCUCUCCGUAGGUUACAUUUCAAAUCAGCUGGUGGAAGUCGCAGCUGUCGCACCGUACCAAAAGUCACUGAAUUAAUUCAAUGUGGUUGA